AUGAAAACAUCGAGACAUGUUACUGAAAUAGCAAAUAAAAAGGGUGGCAGAAUUGUGAAUAAAAUUGUCAUGUUCUCACAGGUCUUCAAGUUGUUCAGGAAAGUUUGGGUUGAAAGAUUGAAGGAUGUGAUUGAAAGAUUGAAGAAUGUGGUUGAAAGAUUGAAGGAUGUGGUUGAAAGGUUGAAGAAUGUGGUUGAAAGAUUGAAGAAUGUGGUUGAAAGAUUGAAGAAUGUGGUUGAAAGAUUGAAGGAUGUGAUUGAAAGAUUGAAGAAUGUGGUUGAAAGAUUGAAGGAUGUGAUUGAAAGAUUAAAGAAUGUGAUUGAAAGAUUGAAGGAUGUGGUUGAAAGGUUGAAGAAUGUGGUUGAAAGAUUGAAGAAUGUGGUUGAAAGAUUGAAGAAUGUGGUUGAAAGAUUGAAGAAUGUGGUUGAAAGAUUGAAGAAUGUGGUUGAAAGAUUGAAGAAUGUGAUUGAAAGAUUGAAGAAUGUGAUUGAAAGAUUGAAGAAUGUGGUUGAAAGAUUGAAGAAUGUGAUUGAAAGAAUGAAGAAUGUGAUUGAAAGAUUGAAGGAUGUGAUUGAAAGAUUGAAGGAUGUGAUUGAAAGAUUGAAGAAUGUGGUUAAAAGAUUGAAGAAUGUGGUUGAAAGAUUGAAGGAUGUGAUUGAAAGAUUGAAGAAUGUGGUUGAAAGAUUGAAGGAUGUGAUUGAAAGAUUGAAGAAUGUGGUUGAAAGAUUGAAGAAUGUGGUUGAAAGAUUGAAGAAUGUGGUUGAAAGAUUGAAGAAUGUGGUUGAAAGAUUGAAGGAUGUGAUUGAAAGAUUGAAGAAUGUGGUUGAAAGAUUGAAGAAUGUGGUUGAAAGAUUGAAGAAUGUGGUUGAAAGAUUGAAGAAUGUGGCUGAAAGAUUGAAGAAUGUGGUUAAUAGACUGAACGAGUUUAAAGGCUGA